GUUCGAUUCAUUCGUCACGGCACAAGAAACCAUUCUUAAUCACUCGCCCUUUCUUCCUCCAUCAGUCCAUCUCACUUUGGUUCCUUCAAGAAACGAAGCAUCAAGAAAGAGGAGAGGAGAGGAAAAGCAAGUGAGGUUUCAGACUUCAGAGGUGCUCUGGAGGAGUUUGGUCUCGAUCAUCAUCUCUCUGAAGCCUGAGAGAGUUUCAGCUCCGAUUACCACUUGACCAUGGCGAGCAAAUACAGAGGCUACUACCACGACGAGGCAUCGUCGGCCGCCGGCGGCGGCGGCGGCGGCGGCGGCGGCGACGGGUACAGGAGGGAGAAGCAGGUGAGGAAGAAGCGGCUGACGGCGCAGAAGAGGAAGGAGAUCAAGGAGGCGUUCGACCUCUUCGACACCGAUGGAUCAGGUACCAUUGAUCCAAAGGAGCUCAACGUCGCCAUGAGAGCACUGGGGUUUGAGAUGACACCAGAGCAAAUACACCAGAUGAUCGCGGAGGUGGACAAGGACGGGAGCGGGACGAUCGACUUCGACGAGUUCGUGCACAUGAUGACCGACAAGAUGGGCGAGCGCGACGCCAGGGAGGAGCUCAACAAGGCCUUCAAGAUCAUCGACAAGGACAACAACGGGAAGAUCUCGGACGUGGACAUCCAGCGGCUGGCCAUCGAGACCGGCGAGCCCUUCACGCUGGACGAGGUCAGGGAGAUGAUCGAAGCCGCCGACGAGAACGGUGAUGGCGAGGUCGACCACGAGGAGUUUCUCAAGAUGAUGAAGAGGAUAGGAUUUGGGGCCGGGUUUUUUUAGCUCAGCAAGCAGCUAAUUAAUCACUAGUGCUUCAGUAAACACAAAAUAAUGUUUGGGGAGGUUUAGGCAUGAUGUACCGACUGGAUGGCAUACUAUCACUAUGUACAUAUGUAGGUUAAGUUGGUACCAUACCGCCUUAUGUUUUGCAACUGGUGUUUUGGUGACUGAGACGAUGUACAUAAUUGUACAGCAGUACAGAUACCAAGGUAGAUCAAAUAAACACGAGAUUGUUAUUACUCGAAGAAAACAUUGGUUUGAUCUGCUAUAUCCUACUACAAUUUGAUAGUAAGCUUUUUUUUUUUUCAA